UUUGCCGUAAAGCGCUUCCGGCGAGCCCAUGCGAGUGGGUUGGCGAGACAACUUCCUGGUGGGAAACGCGGCGUUUGAAAUCAGACCGACUUGAUUUUUCGCUAUGGGCAAACGCGGGAGCCGGAGCCAGAGCCAGCUGCUCAGCACCCUGACUAAAAAGCAGAAGAAGCAUCUUCGGGAUUUCGGCGAGGAGCAUCCCUUCUAUGACAGGGUUUCCAGAAAGGAAACAAAACCACAGAUUUGUCAACUGUCAGAGAGUUCAGAUACUUCAAGUUCUGAAAGUGAAGCAGAGAGUGAACCAGAACAAGUUUCUGGGUACCACAAACUACUGGCCACAUUAAAGACUGUUUCCGAGGAAGAGGAGGAAGAAGAGGAGGAGGAGGAGGAGGAAGAAGAAGAAGACAGUAUUGUAGAUGAAGCAGAAAUGAACGAUGAAGAUGGUGACAGUGAUGUCAGUGUGGAGGAAGAAACAGCGGCAGAGUCCACUGAACCGCGGGAGAGAGGUAGGAUCUUACCUGCUGACCCUGAGGGAAAAGAUGGGGACGAGCCACCUGGCACAUCACAACAAGAAUAUCCUGAGGAGUUUACAGAUGCAAAACAUGAGUCACUCUUCAGCUUGGAAACCAAUUUUCUGGAAGAGGAAAGUAGAGGCAAUUGUUCUCUGAAAGCAUCACAAGAUCCAUUUCUACAACACAUGAACAAAGAACUGAAAGAAAAAGAAAUCCAGGCUAUUGCCACAAAUCCCCAAAUGACCUGCCAGCUAAAAUGGCCCAUCCUGGGCCAGCUUGUCUUUUCAUCUAAGUUUCAGAAGUUGGAAACAUUUAAACCCCCAAAGGACAUUGACUUAAAGUCACUUCAUCUCCAGAAGCCUUUGGAAACCACGUGGACCAAGACCAACAGCCACUUCCUCUCUGGUCUCCACAAAUCGAGUAGCCCCUUCACACCCCUUCAGAAAGAGCUCUUCCUGAUUAUGAAUUCAUACCGGGACUUGUUCUACCCAGAAAGGACCGCCCUGAAGAACGGGGAGGAGAUCCGCCAUGUGUACUGCCUGCACGCCAUAAAUCACGUCCUCAAGGCCAACGCCCAGGUGCUUGGCAACAACAGCAGACGCCGAAGCCAGAAACUGGGCAUGGGAGACGACGAUGACUUCAGGGACCAAGGACUAACGAGGCCUAAGGUGCUGAUAGUGGUGCCGUUCCGGGAGGCUGCUCUGCGGGUGGUCCAGCUCUUCAUCAGCCUCCUGGAGGGCGACAGCAAGAAGAAAAUCAUUGUGAGCAACAAAAAGAGGUUUCACGGAGAGUAUGGCUCGGACCCUGAGGAGAGACCACCCAACCUGAAGAGGCCUGAGGAUUACGAAGCCGUAUUUGUCGGCAAUAUCGAUGACCACUUCAGGAUCGGAGUGGCAAUACUUCAGAGAAGCAUCCGACUCUAUGCCCCCUUUUACUCUUCGGACAUCCUCAUUGCCUCCCCUCUGGGCUUGAGGACCAUCAUUGGGGCGGAAGGAGAGAAGAAGAGAGAUUUUGACUUCUUGUCUUCUGUUGAGCUCCUCAUCAUUGAUCAAGCUGACAUUUACCUGAUGCAGAACUGGGAGCAUGUCCUGCAUUUGAUGAACCACAUGAACCUGCUGCCCUUGGACUCACACGGGGUGGACUUUUCCCGAGUGCGGAUGUGGAGCCUCAAUAAUUGGUCCAAGUUCUAUCGCCAGACCCUGCUGUUCGGGGCCCUGCAGGAUGCUCAGAUCAACUCCGUGUUCAACAAGCACUGCGUCAACAUGCAGGGCCAGGUGGCCGUGAGGAAUGUCCCGAUGACAGGUUCCAUCAGUCACGUGCUGGUGCAGCUCCCACAUGUCUUCCAGAGGAUGGAAGCUGAAAAUCUCGCUUCAGUGAUUGAUGCCAGGUUUAACUUCUUCGUGAACAAGAUUUUGCCUCAGUACCGUGAUGCAGUCAUGUCUCACACGCUCGUCUAUGUCCCCUCCUAUUUUGACUUUGUGCGUCUCCGAAAUUACUUCAAGAAGGAGGAUCUGAACUUCACAUACAUCUGCGAGUACACGCAGAAGUCUGCUGUCUCCAGGGCCAGACAGUUUUUCCUUCAAGGAGAGAAGCAGUUUCUGCUCCUCACCGAGCGCUUCCAUUUCUACAAAAGGUAUACAAUAAAAGGUAUCAGGAACUUGAUUUUCUAUGAACUGCCGACAUAUGCCCACUUCUACAGUGAAGUGUGUAACAUGCUGAAAGCCACCACCAGAGGAGAGGAAGCUGCCUGGACCUGCACUGUCCUCUACUCCAAGUAUGAUGCCCAGAGAUUGGCUGCCGUGGUUGGUGUGGAGCGGGCUGCGCAGAUGCUACAGUCCAAGAAGAACGUCCACCUCUUCAUUACUGGAGAAAGAUGAGAAUUUGGUGAGCAGGAAGCGGUGCUUGGCAUGAUACGGAAUGCCUGAUUCUGUGCCACAUGGGCCCAAUUCUGAUCACUUCUACAGUGAAGGACCGCUGCAAGGAAGGAGCACCGGCAGCAGUAUUUCUGAUACCUCUUUCUUUUCAGGUCGUAAGUCCCUGAAAAGUUCAAUGUAAACCACAUUUUGGUAACUCCCAUCUUUCGGAGAUAAGGAGGGAGCUAGUGGGAUUCUGCGAAGUUGAUAGAUGGAAACUUCUACUUGUGAAUCUUUUUGUAAGCCAUAAAUUCUUUUAUUGUGAUUUUAUCUCUACUUUAUCAUAGUUGGUAAAUCCUUUCAGAUUUGUCUAUUUCUGUUUCACACUUUCUUAAAGUAAGGCAUACAUGUCAUUGCUUGUGAACUGCUGAUGAGAAAUUGGAAUACUUCUUGCUGCUGAAUAUCAUCAUAAUUUUGGAUCACACAGGUCUUAUAGAACUGUUAUUUUUCCCCAGCCAAACUUUUUUAAAUUGUACAUAUUCUAUUUUAAUUCAACCUAGAAGAGUGUCUUUAUUCACUGAUCUUUUUUUUAACUCAUGGUAAAUGUUUUAGUUAAAAUAUACACUUAAAAUUGUUACAUAGGCC